GGAGUAACAGGGAGAUCAUGUCCCCUGGUCCAUUAUGCAUAAUGAGUUGAUCGCAAGUUGAAAUGGACCCUCCUGGACCAACAAAGGAUGAAGGUGUUGGAUCUAAGGGCGAAAUGGAUCUCCCGGUUGCCGAUCCUGGACCGGUGAGGGAUGAAGGUGAGCUACUCCGGUGCCCUUUUUGCGAUUCCGAAGCGGUGUACAAACUAGCGCAGUUCUUGCUCCCUGGUUUGGCUGCGGUCUGUGUCGACGGUACAACCGGUGAUCUGUUCAGGAGCCCAUCUGAUGUUGCCGUUGACCUGAGAAAGGAAAUGGUGGACAGCAUCACACAGAGAAGUGAAACGUUCAUAGCCGAAACUGAGGCGGCGGAACAAAACGGUGAGAAUGAAAUGUCGGAUGACCCUUACGAGAUCGUGUCGAUCUUCAUGGACGAUUUCAGUCGCACGAAAAGGAACAUCAUCGGGCAUGUCUCCGGGUGGUUGCUGAGCGACAGCCGCGAGGACAAGAUCGAUGACUUUGUGCAAGAAAUGGAGAUGACCCGGUUCUGGCCGUUAGAGAGGAGGGAAGCGAUCGCCGAGGUCCUCCUCAGGAACGUGGACAUUAAAACAAAGUUCCAUUGCCCUGACAAAUACGAAAACGAGGCACGUCUUGCUGAUCACAAGGCACAGUGUAGCUUCAGGCCUGUCACUUGCCCAAACGAGGGAUGCCGGGCAAAGGUCUCCGUUCGUUGCAUGCAGGACCAUGAUGCAGCUUGCCUUUUCAAGAUCCUUCAGUGUGAGCAGAACUGCGAGAAACGGCUUCUGAGGCGUGAUAUGGAUAGACAUUGUGUCACUGUCUGCCCCAUGAGGCCCAUGAAGUGCCCUUUCGGCUGUGAUUCUUCGUUCCCUGAACAUACCCUCGAGGAGCACUGUUCAGAGAGUCUCCAGCAACACCUGCUUAAGGUCCUUCAGGUGAUUCACAAGAAUGAUUUUACAACUGAGGAGCUAAAGGACAGUGCUUUACGGCUGGAGAAGUGUGAAGAUCGUGGUAAACUGUGUAAAGCUCGGGAUGCAAGAUCUCUUGCUAAUAUUGUGAAGGAUGUUGAAGCAAAGAACUUUCAAUGUUGUACUGUGUCUCAUGUAACAAUUGCCGGUUGACAUGGGAGGCGUGCAGAUAAAGAUCACCAUGGAACAGAUAUGCACAUCGAGAUCGAGAUUACCAUCAGUUGCCAAAAAAAGGGUUAUACCGUAUGGCACUUGUAUAAACUAUUUAUGAAAAAUUAUCCCUUAUAUGCACCCUUCUUUUCAUGGUAGAUCUUUUAAGUAGGGUGAUCUUUAAAUAUUGUAUUUGUCCCCAAUAUUUGUAACAUCACAUGACAAGUAUAUUUAGUGGUGGGUGAC